UUCUUUUUUGUAAUUUUAAAUUUGUGGUUAUAUUCUCUUCUAGUUGAAGUGCUUUAUUUUGUCCAUUUUACACAAGCAUUGAUUCUUUCUCACUCUAUGCAUUGCAGCCUAUAGACUGUGUUACUUCAUUUUUUUUUUGCAUUAAUGUGCUUCGAUCGUUUGUAGAUUCUUUGCAUAUAAAGAGUGAUUGCUUUUUUGUUUUUUGUCCCUUUCUUUAUUACUCUCUUUCAUCUUUUCUUGGGUGCCUUUCACUUUCUUGCUAGUUUCUUUGGAAGGUUUCAGGGAGUGUAUAACUGGUGUAAGCAAGAAUAGUCGAUGUGAUUUGAUAGGAACUCAGCCUGAACAUUGCAACCAGCGCUUUGCGUAGUGUGCUUAUUUUGGUUGAAUAUAAUGAGUUAUAGUGGCUCCAAUAUGGGUUCUGGUAGUAGAACUACUAGAAGUACAUUCGAGUAUGGAAGAACCCAUGUGGUUAGGCCCAAGGGGAAACACCAGGCCACCAUAGUUUGGCUGCAUGGCCUUGGUGAUAAGGGAUCAAGCUGGUCCCAGCUCUUGGAAACACUUCCUCUUCCAAAUAUUAAGUGGAUUUGCCCAACUGCUCCUACUAGGCCAGUAGCGAUAUUUGGUGGAUAUUCUUGCACUGCUUGGUUUGAUGUUGGAGAUCUUUCAGAAGAUGCUCCUGAUGAUUUGGAGGGGUUAGAUGCUUCAGCAGCACAUGUGGCUAAUCUUUUGUCAACAGAACCUGCUGACAUCAAACUUGGAAUUGGUGGCUUCAGUAUGGGUGCUGCAACAGCACUUUAUUCUGCCACUUGCCGCAUAUUAGGACAAUAUGGAAAUGGAAAUCCCUAUUCGGUCAACCUAAGUGCAGUUGUGGGUUUAAGUGGCUGGCUUCCAUGUUCAAGGACAUUGAAAAGUCGAAUGGAAAGAUCACAUGAGGCAACAAGGCGAGCUGCAUCCUUGCCUAUUUUGCUCUGCCAUGGUUUAGGUGAUGAUGUAGUUGCAUAUAGACAUGGAGAGAGAUCAGCACAGACCUUAAAUUCGGUUGGCUUUCGGGAUCUCACAUUUAGAUCAUAUAACGGGCUAGGUCAUUAUACCGUCCCUGAAGAGACGGAUGAAGUCUGUAAUUGGCUAAUGGCCAAGUUGGGACUUGAGGGUUUAUAAGCAUGAUGACAAGAAUUUUAUCAAAGCAACGAGGGGAUACAGCAGAAGGGUAGUCAUAUUGUGUACAAGGAUUAGAGAAUGCACUCUAGAAUACAAGUUUGGUGUUGGGUAUAUGGUAUAGCGGCAUGGCUUGACUUACUAUUCCAAUGUAAUCUUUUUCUUUUUUUUUUCUUUUUCUUGGGGGGAGGGGGGGGAGGGGGAUGAGAGAAGAAAUAAACUUUUAGAAUAUGGGUUAGAUUGUAUUUGGUUUGCUACCGAGAAAUUGGGUUGGGAUGGAGUGGAGAUAGAUGACUCUCAGUUGCUUUGGUUCUUAGGAAAUUUUGUUGCUUGGGUGAAUUUAUUUCUGUAUUGUUAUGUGCCCUAACAUGGAUGUAUUUUGAAGUUGAUAAUAAAAGGUAAUUCUGGGUGGGUUUAAUUUAUUUCUCA